UUCUUGCUUUUGGUCGAUAGUCUUCCCAGCCAUGUAACAAGGAGCUUUCUUGCUCUACCACGUGUUCUAUCUGCACAAUCCAUGUCCAGCUUCUGCAAGAGCAGGUCCUGCCUGACCUUCCACGGAAGGCGUUCUCAACCAUCCGACAACGACUCUAACUGCUCUGCUACGUCCCCGUCUGUAGAAUCCAUUUCCGGAUCCCAAUUGUCACCUUGGAAAUCCGUGGCCCACAAAUCGCCUUUCGACGCUGCUGCAUAUUCAUCUUGAGAGCCAGUUUUUUUUAGGAGUCACGAUCCCCACCCACACAGCAAGGCACCUUACGUCGCCGUGUAUCCUGCCUGCAGGAUCCUGUUCCGACUCCUAGCCUUCGUCACUCUAGGUCGGGCCCCGAAAAUCCAUUUUGACAGCGAUUGUGCACAUGGCGAGCAGUAAUGAAGCGAGAGAGUCGACAUUUUUGCUCCCCAUUCUUCCAGUUGUACUAUUGCUAAACGGCAGCCAGAAUCUGUGAAGUACGAGCCACAAGGGGGAAUGUUGUUGAUGAGAGUUCAAAGCGGCUCGCAUCACACUGUACCACAGAGCUCGUAAUGGCUUUCGUCCGAGAGAUAUGGUAUUUGAGGGCGAUACAGUCACAUCACGACCUACAGUCUCGGCCGACGCAGCGAUGGAUCAGAUCACAUUCGUACUUAGAUUAUCUCAGAUCAACUCAAAGUCACGAAGCCAUGGCCCCUGUGGCGUCGGACGAGAUCGUCUUUAUACACGACAAAAAGGCUAAAGAGAAAGUCCGAAAAUGUGGGGGAAGCGCGAAACGCAAAGCCGUGCAGCUGGGCAAGGGCGCCCGAGUGUUUUCGGCCGUCGUCCAUUUCAACCCGACCUAUGGAGAAUUAGACGGGGCUGUGUACGUCCCUCAAGGCCAAAGCAUUCCUGACGUGAACCAAUUUGUAACUGGCGGAACUCACCAACGGCAUGCGCGGAAUUGGAGGUCAACGUCGGGUCACACGCCGUCGACGGGGGAAGACUACCCCGAGCCCAGUCAAACUACGGUGGAGGCGAGCGACAACAAGGUGGGGGAACUUACAGACAGUGCAACGGGAGCGGGCGAUGCCAGCGCAGCCGAAGACGCAGAAGGGAAUGAAAUCACGAAUGAAGGAACGAAUGAAGUCACGAAUGGAGAUUCGGAUGCUCCUCACGAGGUCGAGGCCAUUGACAAUGGUGUUGCUGAUGACUGCGGCAUCGGGUUGGACGACCAGCAAGACGAGGCCCGUUGGGACCAAGACCCUACGAACCCAGCACAACAAAAGGAAUCUAAAGAAACAGCACUAUUCAAUGAAGGUCUCAACGACAAAGUGGAGGACUUCGUCAUGGUUGACACCGACACAACGGCCGAGACUAAAGCGGAUGAGGAGGCCUCCUUCAUCGCUUUGCUUGAGGUUGGCAUGCAUGAUCUGUUUGAGGUGGAAGCCGAGACGACCAGUCGCCUUGAUCUCACGGGCGGCGUGUGCCUGCCUGCCUCUGGGCCGGUCGACAACAGCGGGCAAGAAGAACGGCCGAACGCCACCAUGCCUGGUUGGGAAAGUAUGGAGGUGAAGAAGACAAAAGGCGACGCGGUGAUGGAAAAUACGGCGGAAGCCAACGAGGAAGCCCCUGGCCAUGAGCCGAAAACCCAGAAGACGCCAACUGCUGCUGUUGCGCGCGAUUUCCGGACUGCAAGAAACACACAAAAGAUUCACCGCUUCUUUUGGCAAGUGUCCAAGCAGAUUCGACUUGCAAGACGGCAGGGAGACCUUGACAUCGGGCAGUUCCGCCAGAUCCGGCUAGGUGUCAAAGCAGUUAGGGAAGUCCGAGCAACGGUUCAGAGUCGAGGAAACCGAAAUGUGAGGCCGGCUUAUGGUCCCAGAAACCCACCGCCACUAUGAGUUGGUAGAAAAUCAAGUAGCCAUUAAGCAAAG